AUGGGCAGCAGCACACAGGGUGACCACGGGGCAGCAGCAACAGGGACACAGGGUGACCACGGGGCAGCAGCAACAGGGACACAGGGACCACGGGGCAGCAGCAACAGGGACACAGGGGUGACCACGGGGCAGCAGCAACAGGGACACAGGGGUGACCACGGGCAGCAGCAACAGGGACACAGGGUGACCACGGGGCAGCAGCAACAGGGACACAGGGUGACCACAGGGCAGCAGCAACAGGGACACAGGGUGACCACGGGGCAGCAGCAACAGGGACACAGGGUGACCACGGGGCAGCAGCAACAGGGACAUAGAGUGACCACGGGGCAGCAACAGCAGGGACACAGGGUGACCACGGGGCAGCAACAGCAGGGACACGGGGGGAGGGGGGGGAAUGGUGACCACGGGGCAGCAGGUGGGGUCAACGUAGUAUUUCCCGGCUGUCGUCAGGCCAGCGGGGGCCCUGAUAACAAGCUACCCCGGGCCCACACCGCCCCCAGAGGUGCCCCGACCGGCCUUUGUGGCCCCGUCCAAUAUAUCCUGAGGAGUCUACACCGUGUAUACCUGGCUAUAUUCUACAAGCUUGGCCACACUGUACUGACCAAGCCACACCAUGCAGACCUGGCCAUGCCGUGUGGUUGUGUCCACAUCGGAAAUUAUUUUUUGAUGACUGAAGACGAGAUGAUGAAAGAAUACUAA